AUGGAUUAUCCUGUGGGAGGGGUAGAAGAUACAGCACCAAAGACAAAGGUUUAUAAUCAGGGAAUAGAGAAACGAUGGAGAAUGACAAACGGUGGAAAAGUUGUAGAAAUGAUUGGACACAUCCACUGUGAUGUGUUUAAUCAAGAUAAAUUUCUAUUGAACGGUGUUGAUGUGCGUUUGCGUCUAGUGCGGUCUAAAGAUACAUUCUGUUUGAUUGAUAGAACCAGUAAAAAUUAUAAAAUAGCAAUUACUGAAGCCUCUUUGAUAGUGAGAAGAGCAAAAUUAAGUCCUGGUGUUCUGCUUGCACAUGCCAAGACUCUGGCUAAGACGACAGCAAAGUAUCCAUUGACGCGUGUGGAGGUGAAAUCCUUUGUUCUUCAUCGUGGGACAAGUGGAGAUUCUAUCGAUAAUGCUAUUCUUGGACAAUUACCAAAACGUGUUAUUCUCGGCUUUGUUGAUAAUGUUUCAUUCAAUGGUGAUAAGACUCGAAACCCUUAUGACUUCAAAAAUUGGGGAAAUAAUUUUCUAAGUCUGUACGUGGAUGGCGUGCAAGUCCCAGGGCGUCCAUUACAACCCAGUUUUGCCGGCGGCUCUCACAUGGAGGCGGAAAGUUAUAGCACGUUAUUUAAUGGGACUGGUAUUCAUUUUAGUGAUCAUGGAAUAGACAUUUCUCGAUCGGAUUAUUCAAAUGGUUACUGUCUUUUUGCGUUUGACCUAACUCCGGAUUUAUCAGCAAAUUGUGCUACUCAUUGGAAUCUUGUGAAAACGGGUAGUCUCAGAAUUGAGGUGCACUUUGAUGAAGCAACGACAACAAAUUUGAAUUGUGUUCUAUAUGCUGAGUACGAUAAUAUCUUGGAAAUCGAUUCCACGAGACAGAUAAUUGUCGAUUACAAUAGCUGA